CGAGUGGUUUGAUGAGCAUGAAAACUAUACAAACCAUAUGCCAUGGCUGUCUCGGUCAUCUGAUCUCAACCCAACUGACCACUUAUGGGAGAUUCUGGAGUGGUGCCUGAGACAGUUUUCCACCGCCAUAAACAAAACACCAAAUUAAGGAAUUUCUAGUGGAAUAAUGGUGUUGACAUCCCUCCAAUAGAAUUCGAGACACUUGUAGAAUCUAUGCCAAGAUGCAUUAAAGUUGGUCUGGCUCGUGGUUACCCAACGCCCUAUUAAGACACUUUAGGUUGGUUCUGUAUCUAUGUUUGGAAUGUUGUUUGAAAACCUGUUGUGAUCUUGUUUUAUGUCAUUGUGAAAAUGUAUGUCAUUCAUCAAAAUAGUGAAAUAAACAACAAAAAGGCGACUCAAAUUAUUUUACUCUGCCAUUAUUAUUUUCACCUUCCACCUCCACACGGUAGAUGGCGCAAUUUAGCAUGCGAACGUCUAUCAUUCAGUCAGCACUGCUUUCAUUUCUAGAUCUGAAAGUAUAACUUUAGCUCUCGGCUCAACAUUUGUACUAGCUAGUAAUGUCCAAAAUCAAGAACAUAAUUUGGCCUCAAGUGAUUUUAUUUGGCGACUCGAUCACACAGUUUUCGUUCCAACCUAAUGGAUGGGGUUCCGAAAUUGCAAAUCAACUAGCCAGAAAAUGUGACGUUGUGAACAGAGGGUUGUCAGGCUACAACUCCAGGUGGGCAAAGAUUGUCUUGCCUCGCCUCAUCUCCAAGGACAGUGCUUCAAGCAACCACAUAGCUGCUGUCACGGUCUUCUUUGGUGCCAACGACUGUGCUUUAGAAGAUAAGAACCCACAGCAGCACAUCCCAUUGCAGGAGUACUCCGAGAACCUGAAGGACAUUGUCAAACACCUGGGGUCUGUGGGUGUGUCUGCAGACAAGGUCAUCUUCAUCACUCCUCCACCUCUGCAUGAGGCAGCCUGGGAGAAGGAGUGUGUCCUGAAAGGCAGUGCUCUGAACCGUCUCAACUCUGUGGCUGGCCAGUAUGCCCAGGCCUGUGUGCAGGCUGCCGGUCAGUGUGGGGCAGACGUGCUGGACCUCUGGACUCUCAUGCAGAAAGAUGGACAGGACUUCACAGGCUACCUAUCAGACGGGCUCCAUCUCUCUGAGAAGGGCAACCAGUUUGUGUCACAGCAUCUGUGGACGCUGUUGAAGAGCAGGGUGGAGGAGUUGCCCUUCAUCCUGCCUUACUGGGGCGACGUAGACCCUAAACAGCCAGAGAGCGGUCUACUGUGUGACUGAUGGCCCUCAGGCUGAGUGAGAGGGGAAGGGUAGAGAUGGGGCCUCAGGUCCACCCUUCCACAGUUAUGUCCACUGGUCGGCUACGGUAAUGGGAUGACACUGAAAGGGGUUGGAAUCAGUCCUCAUUCCAAACGACUGAAAUAUAUAAAACCAUGAUAUGACAUGUUUUAAAUGUUCUUUUUAAACUUCCUGAUGUCCGUGUUGAAACACAUUCUUUAUUUUUUAGAAUGUGUGUGUUCACUGUAAGCAAGAAGCCAGUUUCAAGUGGGCAUACACAUUUUAUUCAUCCAGGUCAUUGAGUACACCCUGCACAUGAAACAGGACAGUCAGAAGACAUAUGGAGUCGAGUUUCCCCUCGCAUCUCAGAGCUAAUACUAUGAUGUAGGCUUAUACUCACGAUAUCUGUGGACAAUAGGCUAUUAUAACAAAGCUGCAGAAUGCCCUUGGCCCACAAGCAAACAUUUCAACAUAUACACAAGUACUCAUCACCUAAUAUACAGGAAAUGGUGAAAAGAUUCUACAAGCUGAUAGGUAUUCAUUCAUCAUUGGCACAAGAAUAUUGCAAAGAAGGGCUUACAGAGCUUAGAAAUAGCAGUUCCCAUUAGUAAGCACAAUUUUCAUCUGGGGUGAUAGUGACAUUCCCCUUGCCUACAGUACAUACAGAAAUAAGGAGCAGUGGUCAAAAUGAAAACAUUUAGGCUCAACUUCAGAAAUAAGGCACUAGUGUUGUGGAUUUAAAAAAAUUAAUUAAAUCAGAAGUUGGUCAACAAAUAAUGUCUGAAUGCAAUGAAUGAACAGUCCCUCAUCUUCCAAUGUGUUGUAUGAAGGGUGAAAUAACUUGACUUUUGCAUUAUUUGGGAUGAAGAACAAAGUUCAUAGGUCACAACAGUGUAAUUAACAAGGCCAUACACAACAAUAAAAAAAGUUUCAGAAUUAUUUCACGACAAAUGAAACAGAACCAACACUUGAAUAGAGUGGAGACAACAGUUAGGUAGGUUUGAUGCAGCGCACUGAUUUCACCUGGUAUUCUGCCCAGAAUAACUACUAGUCUGGACCUCUUGUCAGUCGGUGCCCAUUUCACAAAUAUUCUGUUCCUUUUGGGUUUAAAUGACCAGAGAACAAUAUCUUCCUGGGCAUCCGUUCAACCAGCCCUCUACGUUUUAACACUACCCUUAGACAUCCAUUUAACAGCUGAAUUACCUACGGCAAUAUAACAUGCAUGGUUAACGAGGUGUAUUUUUGGGGGGAGGACUGUGGAAAAACCAGGCAAUAUCAGAAAUAAAAAGCAAAUCAUUUUCUUACUGACAUGAAAGUGAGGUGACUAAACAGACAUUUACAACGGCACAUUUGACUUUUAACCUUAGCAAUGAUUCUAAGACGACACACUAAGCCUAACCAAUAGUUCACAGUCAUGGCAGUGGUAUAUCAACUGGCCCAGCUGUUAAUCCAUCAGCCCAUUCUGCCAGUCAAGUCAUUCGAGAGAACAUGUUCAAAAACUAGACUGUCUGGACUGAGUGGUGCCAAAGAAAGCACUUGUCUUUGACUCUUGAAACGAACAAAGGCACAAAUAAUUCGGUCUCUAGGCUAUUCUAAAACAGCAGUCACUGGCGUCAGAACACUACUAUACUCAUGAUAGGCACCUAUUUUGGUUGUACGCAAGUCUUCCAAAUUGACCUUAUAGAAUCUAGAUGUAGCAGCGCCUUAAGAGUCCUGCUCGAUACUGUGUUGCUGCCAGUGCUGUGUAGCAAGUUUUAGUCUAUGAGUGGGUGUUUGUGUGCAAUGUUUAGUCAUGUACAGGUAUCUGCCAAACUAAAAGAAACACCGACAAGGUCUUGAUAGGAUGUUGGGCCAAC